AUGUCACACUCGAGAAAGCACUUCGGGCGUUCAGCAGACUUCCUUUCGAAACACAGGUCGCAGAAUCUGUCUUCGAAGACCAUUGUGGUCACCGGCGCCACCGCAGGGAUCGGGCUCGCAAUAACGAACUACCUGUUGCGGUCAGAAGCACAGCAUCUUCUGGUUCUUGCCGGGCGAAACACGCAUGUUCUGGAUGAGCUCCGGGCCAAGAACCCAGACCGUGUAGUCACCACGGCCGGCGACAUGUCGGAUCUAGACUACGUGAAAUCCAUGCUCCAGGGCGUGCAGCUGGACGGCAAGCUUGAUGGGCUGAUCCUCAAUCAUGGAACUCUGGGGUCGUGCCAGAGGAUAUGCGAUGUUGAAGCCGAGGACUGGGAGAAGACGUUCAGAAUCAACGUUACGAGUUUAGCUGUGCUGGUUCAAUCUGGACUGCCACUCCUGCGGGCCGCCAAAGGUAGGAUUGUAUUCACAUCGUCCGGGGCGGCUUCCAAUGCGUAUUCGUCAUGGGGCGCGUACGGAGCAACCAAAGCAGCAGUCAACCACCUCGCAAUGACUCUGAAGAAUGAAGAACCGGAUGUUACAACCGUGUCCGUUAGACCGGGGGUGGUCGACACGGCCAUGCAGGGAGACAUCCGCGACAAGUACCUGCAAAACAUGGAUGAGAAAGAUCAAGAAAAGUUUGGGAGCGCGAAGAGGGAUGGGAAGCUGUUGCCCGCCGAGAAGCCAGGUCAUGUCAUCGCAGAACUGGCCGUGCGCGCACCAGAUGAGCUUUCUGGUCAAUUCUUAAGCUGGGAUGAUCCCAAACUAGCAGCGUAUCAAUCGAGCUGA